UCCGUGUUAAUGUGCGCGGUACUCCUUGGCUGUGGCUCGACGACAAGCGAAAGUGAAGGCUGCUCUCCUUCGAACAAGGGUCAAGAAUCUUUAUAAUCACAGGCUGUUUUAGGGUGUGUCACAGAUGCUGACGUAAAACGACAUGGAGACAAUACUGUGAAUAACAUUAUAGCAUAACACGGAGACAUAGCCCAGAUUCUUUAAACAUAAAGGUUAACUUCCACCAUCCAUAAUAAAUGAUAGAUUAGGCCUACAUAUUUAUGGCCAAAUGCGUCACGAGCCAAAUACCGCGUAUUCUAGCAACGAUCCUGUACUGUAAUUAUGACUGUAUUUGAUAGAUAGAGCGAUCAAUCCUUUAUAAUGAUUACCUUGUUUACACCAGAAUCUUACUGGAAACUCCUGUUACGGGAAACUGAAAGCAGUUGGGAAGUAGUUACACUUUCGAUAUUGCUCACUCUCUUGAUUUUUCAGGUCAACCGAACUCACUAUAAAAGUAUUAGGCAAAUUUUCCAAGUAAAUAAUCAAGCUAGAUCAAGCAUAAUGGCUGGAUUCUCCAUGGCGGAACCGAUAUGUCUGAUUGAAAAUGGCAAGGAUGGCAAGCUGUGCGUCCAGCCUAAAGCACUCCAGAUCCUGGAGCAAAUCGGACAGCGAGUUGUGGUUGUGGCAGUGGUAGGAUUCUAUCGCACUGGCAAGUCUUACCUCAUGAACCAGCUGGCUGGAAAGAGGAAUGGAUUUGCCCUGGGAGCCACCAUACAGUCCAAAACUAAGGGCAUCUGGAUGUGGUGUGUACCUCACCCUGUUAAAAAGGACCACACUCUGGUGCUCCUGGACACCGAGGGGCUGGGCGACGUGGAGAAGGGAGAUCAGAAAAAUGACACAUGGAUAUUUUCCCUGGCUGUACUGCUGAGCAGCAUGCUGGUGUAUAAUAGUAUGGGAACCAUCGAUAACGACGCCCUGCAGCGCUUACACUAUGUCACAGAACUGACAGAGCACAUCAAGGUGAAAUCACAGCAGGAUGAAUAUGAAGAUGAAUCUACUGAGUUCUUACGAGUCUUUCCCUCCUUUGUAUGGAGUGUCCGAGAUUUCACCCUUACGCUGGAGCACGAUGGGAAGCCAAUUACCGCUGAUGAGUACCUGAACAAUGCGUUAAAGCUAAAACCUGGUCAUUCAAAAGCUGUCCAGAUGUACAACAUGCCUCGCAGCUGCCUUAGGAAUUAUUUCCCCACCCGCAAGUGCUUUGUGUUUGACCGUCCUGCAAGGACAGAAAAAAUGCGCAUUCUAGAUACACUUUCUGAUGCAGACUUGGAUCCCAGCUUUGUGAAGCAGGUCAGGGAGUUCUGCUGUCAUGUCUUCAGCACCGCUGAAAGCAAAACUCUGAAAGGAGGUGUCCAUGUGACAGGCACAUUGUUGGGAAACCUGGCGAAGAUCUAUGUGGAUGCAAUCUGCAGUAACCAGAUCCCUUGUUUAGAAAAUGCAGUGCUGAGCUUGGCACAGAUUCAGAAUGCCAAAGCAGUUGUUCAGGCCAUAGAUCACUACAAUGCUCAGAUGGCGGAGAGGGUUGCCUACCCGACUGAAUCACAAGAGGAACUGUCACAAAUUCACCACGUCGUAGAGAAGGAGGCACUGAAGAUUCUCAUUGACUGCUCCUUCAAGGAUGAUGAUCAGAAAUAUCAACAAAAGUUCUUGCUAAGUCUGGAUGAAAUGUAUGCAGGAAUCUUGAGGAAAAACAUUGAAGAAUCCAAGAAAGCUUGUGAGUCCAUCAUCAAGCAUGUUUUCCAACCUCUAGAAGAUCAGCUUGGCUCUGGCCGCUACGUGUCACGCGGAGGGUACAAAGCCUUCUGUGCUGACAUGCAGAGAUUCAUCAAUCGGUACAGAUCAACACCUGGCAAAGGGGUGCAGGCUGAAGAAGCCCUGAAGAAAUAUUUGGAUGGGAAAAAGGCCUUUCAGGACUCCAUACUGACCGCUGACCAGUCUCUCACUGAAGCUGAGCGCCAGAUCCAAGCUGAACUGGCAAAGGCUCAGGCCCUUGAGCAGCAGCAUCGCACUGAGACUGAGAUGAAUAAUAUGUAUGAGAAACUGUUAAAGGACCAGGAGCAGAGUUACAAUGAGUUUACUCAGCAGCUGAUGCAGAAAAUGGAGGAAGACGGGCAGAAUGCCGCAAAGGAGUAUGACAGAGUACUGGCAGCUAAACUGAAGGAACAAGAGGACCUUCUCAGCCAGAACUUUAAUGAGAAAUCAGAACUUAUGCAACAAAGCAUUGAUGCCCUCAAACAGGAGAAGAAAGCAAUGGAAUCAAAUAAGCCUUCAAUGCUUGGCAAUGUUCUAGAAUCUGUAGGAACCGUUGCCUUGUUCUUACCAGGGCCCAUUUCAAAAGUCAUUGGCGUUGCUUCUUUAUUGGGUUCACGAUUUUUAAAAUGAAGUCGCUCCCCAGGGUUUGGCUGACAGUCCCAUUAAACCUUUGUCACACUGAAAUAAGCAGAUGACAAAAGACAUAUAUAAAACAUGCAACCAUCUUGAAAUAAUUUACUUUCCAUUUAAAAGUAUAAAUACUGAAAACAAACAACAUACUGUACCUUAUAGCCAUGGUAUGCUUUUCAAAAUUACCUAAAAAAAGGGUAGCUGUGCUCAUUCAUAUGUAAUCUUUUUUUAAGGCAUACUGUACACACACACAAAGGUGAGAAUGAGGCUGGGGAAGUCCUGGGUCAGCUAUUGCAGCUUUUCUCAGUUACUUUGGUACAUUUCUCAAAUCAUCCUUAACAUUUGUAAAACAAUCAAUUUCUCAAAGCAAUUUGUACAACAGCAACAUAUAAUGGAUUGUUUGCAAAAUCCUGGGACUUUCUCAAAAUCCUUAGUUUAUCCCUCAAAAGGAAAUAUUUAUGGCAAUAAGCUUGCAGUGCCAUCAAGUUCUUGCACCAUUGUUCACAAACAAGAUGGUGAAAAUGCAUAGCCAUGUUGUCAAUAAAAUAUGCACUCUGAA